CCCAGCCUGAGUACAAACACUAAGAUCUGAUGAGCUCCUCCCACAGUAGAAUUCCCCAUCUUGCUGUUAGUAUAUUGGGCAUCAGAGGCAGAACGUCUCAGUUGCUCUUAGACUCGAAACAAGAAUAGACGUUUGGAGGGGAUCGAUCAGUUUUGUUAACUAUUUGCAAGACUUUAUUUUGUGAUCAUCAACAUUGUAGCAAUACUUUUGUUGCUGCAGCAAAGAAAAGCGCAGGAUUGCAUUUAUUUUUUUUUGUAUUUUCCAAUCUUUCGGAGUUUUUAUUUUUUUUUAAUAUUCUGAUUUUUGUUGGUCUUUGGUGAAGAGGCUGCAGAAACAAAAAUCCCCCAUGUCUACUAGAUAUAUGGAUUAUACUGGAAAUUCGAUGGAAGGAGAAAUGAGGGAUCUUAAAAAGGACAAGUUGAUCCAACAGGAGGACAGGAUAGACAGUGGACUGGACUCUUUGAAACAAGAGGAAUAUGACAAUUUUUCCCAAGAGUUUGGAGGGCUUUGCAUCAAAUCCCAGUACUCUGAGCCAGAACCCUGGAUGCUUUAUUGUAAUGAGGACGGAGACACGUAAGUUUGCCUUUAAUAUCUGUAUUUAAAGAGACCUGAUGUGACAUUUUUAGUCUAUUUUAAAUCCGUGGCUGUGCAUUAAAAUAAGCAAUCGGGCAUUUUAUUAUUAAUUUUACAGGCGCUUAGUUUUACAUUUAAAUGAAAGAUAACUUUAAUUUUAGAAUUUUCUAAAAAACAUUUUUUGUACAUCUUGGUUUUUGUUGAAAUUUUAAAAUCCAUGUCAAGGGCGGCCAUGUUGGCUUGUAGUGCAGAGCUGCAUCCGAAUUCUCAGUAAUUUGUAGAAUGUAUCUACAUCGAAUUAGAAUGUUACCCUUUUCUAAACCACAACAGAGGUUCCAUCUUACUAAAUAGAAAUCAUCAGAUUGUAAAAAAAGUAGGGGAAAAUAACCAAAAAUCCAAAAUGCAUCAUUGAAUUCCUAUCACUUUGAUCCCUUUAAAUCUUUGCACAUUUUCAUUCACCACACUUUAGCAGUUUAUCUUUAAACGACAAAUUCCUUAUUUUGAAUUAAGAGCUAAUGACCUCAAUGCUGCGGCUCUGCAGAUCUCCCACCAUUGGGAACAUCACAGGGUUAAGCACUAAAGUGCGAAUUGUCUAGAAUUAUUGGCGAGUAUUACAUUUUUAGGCAAAAGGCUGCCUUUUUAUUUUUAUUGUGUACCUAAAAUAUAUUAAAUUCACUAGUUGGCUAGAGAGGGUGUAAAAAAAAUAAAAAAAUUAAUAAAAUAAAACUAAUAUAGAUUUGAAAGCUUAACCGAUUUAAUGUGUUUACUUCGCCUCUUUUAUAUAAUUAUUAUAAUUAAUUAUUUUUUUUGGCUUGGGUGAGGGCAGCCGCCAUUUUGUCUGGGUUUUCCCUUCCUCUCUUUGUAGAGUGAGCUGAAUGGGGGAGGGGCAGUCUGUGCUGUGACUUGCUGGUUGGAGGGAGGUGUAGUUGGAAGUCACCCAAGGCUCAGCUAUUUGGAAAGUCCCUGGCCUGUAGCCACCAACACUAUUACAUACAUGAGAAAGCGGAAAACAACAGCCAUAGAGCUAGAGUCAGAACCAAAAAAACCCUAACUUACACAAUCCUGGAGUUUGCUAAAGCUGGGGGAGGGGAAUGAACUCAGAUCUGACACAUUAUGACUACCUAUAGUAACCCAAUGGGGUGAUGAAACAUAUAGAAUAUGACUUAUUAAAAAAAUUCCAGAGGGGAAAUAAAGUAAAUAUGCUAAUUUGAUAGAAACUCCUAUUACCUAAGCAGGAUUAUUUUUUUUUUUUUUUUCUAACUUUCUUGCUUUGUGUAGUUUUUGGGGGAAAUAAACCUGGUAUUCUUUUACCUUUUUGCAUUUUCACCUUACAUUUGAAUUAUUUUCAAAUAUUUAUUUAGGUUUUUUUUUUUUUAUAAACAUGCCUGUAGUUGACGUGGUGUAUACCUUGAUAUUCAUGUGAUUUUUAAUGUGCAUUUAUUUUUAACAUUUUCAGGUUUCUAAACUUGGCUAUAAUUCACGAAGAAAAGAAAAUUACGAGUGAGGCCAUCGCACAUUCUCUACGGCAUAUUUAUUACCUGAACCAGCAGAAUCACCUUCAUCAGGUAAUUUGGUCAAAAAUAAUUGUUUUUCAAAUAGUCAAAGCGAGUAUGCUGCUAAGCUGAAAUUGUCCUUCAACAUAAUAUAUAUUAUUUUAAAUGAGUGGAUUUAAGAUGAAUAUAUUAAAUAUACAAAUUUGACAUCCCAUAAACCUAUUUUGCAAGAGGAAGCUGGAAAACUAGAAAAAGGUCUCUGUGGCCGGAUAUAGCAAUAUACAGGAUUUCCUCUUUAUUGAAAGAGUGGUUUAUAAAGCAAGAAAACAAAAGCUUAAAAAUAAGUAAUGCAAUAUUUGUAACUCUUUCAGAGAGCCAGCAUGCAGCAGUUAUUAUUCUAGCAUCCCAGUAGCUGCAUACUGUUUAAUGGUUUUGACAUAUGGAUGCAAUUUCUUAUUCAGAUCCUUUCUCUUAUCAUUUUUGUCAUCUUUUUGCAGACAGCGCUACACCUGGCAGUCAUAACAGACCAACCAGAAAUUGCCCAGCAGCUCCUUAAAGCUGGCUGUGACCCAGAGAUCAGAGACUUCAAUGGUGAUACCGCCCUGCAUAUCGCCUGCAAAAAGGGGUCGCUGCAUGCUGUUGGGGUCAUCCUUCAAAACUGCUUCAAUAAAAUCUCGUUCCUGCUGCAGGCUGUGAACUAUGACGGUAUGUAUCAAUUAUGAUUUUUCACUUUUAUUUUUAAACCUAGAUUUUGAAUGGUGGUAGUCUACUGCCAUCUGUGUAGUGCUUUAUGAUAUUUAGUUAUAAAUUUAUUUUCUUUUGUGCGUGUUUACAGGUCACACGUGUCUUCAUCUGGCAGCAAUUCAUGGCUUUCUUGCAAUUGUUGAAAGUUUAAUAUCAGUGGGCGCAGACAUUGAUGCACAGGUAAUUUAAUUCAGAAAGUUUUCUCUAUAAACCCAUGCAUUUUUGUAAUUUGACAGCUAAGUUUUAGUUGCUGCAAUAGAAGAUGGUGCCUUGACUCUUCAUUACUGUCAAAGCCCUAUAGAGUCAGUCUUGUUCUAUAGAAUCUAAUAGAAUGUUUUUACUUUUUUUUAUUUUUUUAUCACUUUUAUAUGCUAACGCAACUUUUUUCCUUUCUUUUUGUUAACAGGAGCCUUGCAAUGGUCGUACCGCGCUUCACAUAGCCGUGGACCUGCAGAACGCUAACCUGGUUAAGCUGUUGCUUGAGAAAGGUGCAGAUGUUAACAGAGUAACAUAUCAAGGAUAUUCUCCCUGCCAACUUACGUGGGGGAGAAGUAACCUGUUCAUUCAGCAGAUGCUGGUGUCUCGGACGAAGACUGACUUGCAGCUUUUGCCUGAAAGUGAUGAUGAAAGUUCAGAUUCUGAAUCUGAAUACGCAGACGAAGUGGUAAGAAACCUUCUGGUAUUUCUAUAUAAAUACACUUUAUUAAUAGCUAUGGGUAGAAUAAGUUGGGAGAGGCAUGUAGAUGAAUCACAAAAUUUUACAAUUUUAUUUGCCCAAAAAGUCUCAACUCCCAUAAGUGAUCAUUUUAAGAUGCAUGGCUACCUUUUAUAUUAAUCACCAUACCAAGUAGAAUAGAUCAGAGUAUCCUCUUGCUUAAGUUUCUAUAGCGUUGUAGUGCUCAAAAGCUAAAAAAAAAAAAACCUUUUUAACAGUUUUUUUUUUUUUUCUAAGCAAUCAUUUCACAGAUUUUCGGAUUUCUAAUGUAUUUUUUUUUUUCUCUUUUCACAGCUUAUGUAUGAUGACUGUACACUAGGGGGUAAAAGGGUGCAUUAGACUCCAAUUUACACAAGAGGAAAAAACAAACCAAAAUAGACAAUAAAAGGAGAUCGUGUUGAUUUCGCUAUCUGAUGCAGUACUGGUACCAAUGAAUAAUCCUCCAGCUCUGGACAGAACCCAACUGUGGGGGUCGUAGAGUAUGAGGUGCUUGUGCUGUUCUCAUGUGUCGGUGAUAGAGAUGUUGUGUGAGCUACGAAGAUGUCUUAAAAUAGUAAAAUACACAACAAAAAGAUAUUCUUUAACAUGCAGCAGUCUUCCGUACAAAUGGGUCGAAUGGAGUCUUGGUAAUCCCAGAAGAAACCGAAAACAGACCAUAGGAUACCAUCCAGUCUCCAAGUGACAAACUGUUGUAACUGCCGCGUGACAAGUGAUGCAUUACAAAAGGCAGAAUGUAUAUAUUGUAAAUACUGUACAAUAUAUUUUUAUAUGAGAUAUAUAUUUAUUAAAAAAAUGAAGGAAACUUAAAA